UCCCUCUUCUACUGUUCUACCCUAUAUCUUCAGCCUUGGGCUCCGAAAUAAACUUCAGAAAAUAUUAAACUAAGCACCUCUUUGUACACUUGGUGGCACUGCAUGUGCUCAGGAAUCCCACAGUUUUCUGCUUUAUUUGCUGGUCCUCCCACCGUCCAUCCCAUUAUACUUUCGCCUUGAUCUGCAUAUAUAUCUAUAUAUAUAUAUAUAUAUAAUCACUCUCAUUUCAUUGUUACCCUGAUCCUCUCCCUCCUUCUCCUUUCCAGCUUUCUCGUCCUUCAAAUUCUUCCCUAUAUUUUAAACAACUUGAGUUUGAUAUCUCAUUCUUGAUUGAGAGAUAUGGGGGAAGAAGCUAAACAGGAACAAGCUAAGGCAGAGGCUCAGCCAGAGGAGAAGAAAGAAGAGAAAACAGAGGAGAAGAAGGAUCAAGAGAAGCCAGAGGAGAAGGAAGAGCCAAAACCACCAUCUCCAUUUGUCUUGUACGUGGACUUGCAUUGUGUUGGAUGUGCCAAGAAGAUUGAGAAGACCAUAAUGGGAAUUAGAGGAGUGGAGGGGGUUGAGGUAGACAUGGCUAAAAACGAAGUGACCAUAAAGGGAAUAGUGGAGCCUCAAGCUGUGUGCAUGAAAAUCAUGAAAAAGACGAAAAGAAGAACCAAAGUCCUAUCCCCAUUGCCAGCAUCUGAGGGUGAACCCAUCCCAGAAGUUGUUGCCUCCCAGGUUUCUGGAUUAAUAACAGUGGAACUCAUUGUAGACAUGCAUUGUGAGGCCUGUGCUGAACAACUUAAGAGGAAGAUACUCAAAAUGAGAGGAGUUCAAACAGCCGUGACGGAGCUCAGUACUGGAAAGGUCAUGGUUACGGGGACCAUGGACGCAGAAAAGCUUGUGGACUAUGUCUAUAAGCGCACCAAAAAGCAAGCUCGAAUUGUACCACAGCCCGAGCCCGAGCCCGAGAAGAAAGACGAAAACAAAGAAGCCGAGAAGCCCGCAGAAGAAGCAAAAGCAGAAGAAAAACCACCAGAAGAUGAAGAAGCUAAGAAAGACGACAAGGUGGGCGCUAAGGAAAGCAAGGAAUUAGAGGCAAAGAAGGAAGGAGGAGAAGCAGAAGACAGCGUAUACGUCGUUGAUCAUGAGGAGGGUAUGAAGAGAAUGAUGUACUAUUAUGAGCCAGUCUAUGUGAUGGAACGAAUCCCACCCCCUCAGCUCUUCAGCGAUGAGAAUCCCAAUGCAUGUUGCAUUUCAUAAUUAAUUAAUUAUAUCAUCAUUUUGUUCAUUUUUAUUAUAAUAUCAAAAUAUGCUAUGAGCCUGUGAUCAUAUAUAUGAUAAUGUAAAGUGUUCGACAUGAGCAGCAGCUAGCAACACCAGUACCAGUACUACUACUACUACUACUACUCGUGAUGAGAGUUUUAGGGAAGUUCGGGGUAGUACUGUAUGCAUGUGAGGUCUUAAAUCAAUGUAAUUAGAUGCAAAAUGAUUAAUAAUAUAUAUCAUUCUGUA